UCCAACGGAACGACGAAACUCGUCACAGACGGUGACCUCCAGCCAAAAUGGCGCUAUGUUUACGUCUCUUUUUAAUCCUUUAUUGCACUUAAAAAAAGGGAUUCAUGGCGAGAUGCGAUAACUGUAUCGCUUGGAAAACGGCGACCCGUUUAAGCACAAUUUAACAUAUCCAUGAAAUAACCCGUGAUACAAUUUAAAGCAGAUCUUUGAACUUCCCGCUGCAGCUGUUAAGAUGCAGGCUGAAGCUACAGACUCUGCCCUUAGAGAGGGCAUUGAGGCCAUGGGCAUGAAGGACUCUGAGAAACCAGCUGCAGGCAAAGAGGAGGAGAGCAAAGUGGAACAACAGGACACAGAGAUGACAGCUGCAGCAGAGGAGGAAGACUCUGCAGCUAAGGAUGAAGAACAAGAUGAAAACACAGAUGCAUCCAAAGGAGAGACGCAGAAUGGCGAAAGUCAAGCAGAACCCGGAGGGGACGCUGAAGAGGGGAAACAGGCUGCGGUGGCAGACGACGAUUGGGAGCUUCCGUACAGCGACGAGGAAAUUGAGGACCCCAAAAACUGGAUGCCUGCUCCGGCUGAGAUCAAAAGACUCUACGAGGUCCUUGCAAAAGGGGAAAUGCUGGAGCUGAACUUUGUGCCCCUCUCCAGAAGGCCACCAACGCCAGAACGCACCCCUUCGCCUGAGAGGGACGAGGAGGAAGAAGCAGCAAAGGAAAGGGAGAGGCUGGAGAGGGAGCGCAAGCCUCCAACUCCGACAGAGUUUGACUUCGAUGAGGAGCAAAUGCAAAGCACCCCGAAAAACGCCUUCCUCAACAGACGCAGAACACCAGGGUCUUCCGCCCGCUCCUCCGUGAAGCGAGAAGCCCGCCUGGACAAAGUGCUGUCGGACAUGAAGCGCCACCGGAAAAUCGAGGAGCACAUCCUGCGUACGGGGCGGGACCUCUUCAGGAGCGAGAAGAAACUGGAAGAGGCCCUUUCCCCGAACAGCCAGAAGGAGCGUGAGAAGGAGAGGGAAAGGGACAGCAACCCCAAUACCAUCUUCUCUCCGAAGCAAAGGAGAUACUGAAAUAUUCCCUAAUGAGGACAUGUUCACAGAGAGAGGAGAGCUGUCCUCAGAAAACCCAGACAUUUCUAAUGUGAAACGUUUUGUAUGCUUUUGUUUUGUAUGACGAGAAUAAACAUUUUAAAGUAACAUU